AUGCAUCAGCGAAGGGAGAUGGAGCCACGCGAUGCCGAGCAUCCCAAGACUCCGGCUUCAAAUUACGGAGACCUACUAUAUACGCCCUAUAUGAAGCGCAAGUCACCAAUACGAACCACGAGUCACCCAAGCCUCUCCCCAUCGCGAUCCGCGUCAGAACAAGGUUUUCCCCUGAGCUCUCGUGAUGGGUCGCCACUGCGUGUCAUGUCGGCAAGCCGUCCUGUUCCUGGAAAGGUCGAGCCACAUGACCAACAAUCUUCCUUGAAAAAGAUCGAUUCAGAUGCUGUUUCGCCAUUUCGAUCUGCUUCUCCGUCAUCCAGAAAGGUCGCGAUGGAAACACCUGCCUCGCUCCGAUUGACCACGGAGCCUGUCCGGCGCAUCAAUUCUCUCCCUAGGGAAUAUGGAGCCGAAUCUAUAUCGAGAAGAAUGCCCUAUCGACCAGGUUUUCAACCGAAAGGUGUCGUGCGCCAUCGAACAGAUGAGUUUCUGGAAAGGCGGGCUAAGCAUGUCGAUAUGAUGGAUUUGGAUGAACAGCGCAUGGAGCGUCGCCUGGGGAAACUUAUGACUAUUUACUCUCCUGAGUUUGAACUGCCGCAAACUGUGGGGUCAUCUCAUUUUUGGCAAAUCGGAGGCGAUCGAGUUUGGGAUAUGUUUAGUUCCCAACAUGAGCGGCAAUUACAACGCCUACAGCGAUCGCGGAGAGUGGCUGAACAACGUGUUGUGAAGUGGCAAGAAGGUGGUGAGCAUCCGCGAUGCCAUAUAUGUCAGACCCCUUUCUCCUUAGCGGUUCGCCGGCACCAUUGUCGAUUGUGUGGCAAUCUGGUAUGCUCUUCACCGCGUUUGCCUCAGGUUCUGUUGCACGAUGAAGAAAUGCAUGCGAAACAGCUGGAGUCAUGGGAGCCUUGCAGCUCGCUAAUGUUAUAUGAUGCAUCAAGCAAAACACUGCGGGAUAUACCUAAUCGACCUGAUACCCCUGCUACAUCCACCGAAUGGCGCGACUAUGAAGUUGCCGAAAAAGACGGAAUCCGUUUUUGUCGCUCCUGUAAAAGCAUUGUUCAUCGCAUAAUGCUCCGAAAUCGGAGAUCAGAUGACAUGCCACUAUGUCCCUUGUACCAAAACCUGCUUAUUCUUCAAAAAGACAUCAAUGAAGCGCUGCCCGAUUUCCACGAAAUGAUUUUGGGAUUAAAAAAAAACGAUACCGACUUGUCUUUAGCCUCGACUGUGCGCGACAGUCAUGCAUUACAGGCCAAUGCAUUCCAAGCCAGAAAGGAUUUACUUGCACGCUUUUCACGAUUUGAACAACUUGCGCGCAAAAUAGAGUCCAUGCCGCCCAUCGUAGAUGGAGUGACAUCGGCGGCACAAAAGCGACUACAGCAGGCCAUAUUCGCGCGAGCAAGCCUAUUCUUGCAGCGAAAUAUGAUUCCCUUGCAAGGUCUCUCCUCUCAGCCGACGCCCAAUGCAUCUAAGAAAAAGGUACCUCGUCAUAUCCAAGAACAGCUACAUGCGCUCAAGGUGCAGGACACUCUUUUGAGUGAAUACAUGGAAUCAGCCCAAAAAUUACGCAAUCUAGACGAUAUGGCGUCGUUAAGGCAGAGUCAAGAAGAGAUUCGCGCUGAAAUAGCACGGCUACAGCAAGAAUAG